AUGCUUCCUUCGAGGGUCAUUUUUGACUUUGACUUUAAAAGAAAUGUGUGUCGAUGGAAAGCCACCAUAAACUUGCAAGCUUUUCCCGUUACCAGUAUGAUGAUGUACGACGGCGACUCCAUUUCCCAUUCUUCAGACGGCAAGACGUGGGUGUUUGUCAACAAGAAUUAUAAGGCCGUAUUUAAGGCGGGAACUACUCUUGAGCUAAAGUUCAACGCCCAGUAUACUGGACCUGGCACAAUGACAGGGUCAGUUGUGCUAGAGAACAUGGGCCAUGAUGACUGGACGGUACCCGAGGCACCUGACACUGAUGGCUCAAAGUACAACUAUAAUGACCUUCUGUUCAAGUCACUGCUUUUCUACGAAGCCCAGAGAUCAGGGAAACUACCCGCUAACAAACGCAUACCCUGGAGGGGAGAUUCGGCCCUCAACGACAAGGGCGACAAAGGGGAGGAUCUGACUGGAGGAUGGUAUGAUGCUGGCGAUCACGUCAAAUUCAACUUUCCAAUGGCCUACGCUGUCACAGCACAAGCCUGGGGUUUCCUGGAGUUUGCUGACGCCUACAAAGCUGCAGGUCAAGAAGAUUACUUGGUCGAUGGAAUCAAAUGGGCUCUGGAUUACUUAAUUAAAUGUCACACUGGGCCAGAGGAACUUUAUGUUCAGGUUGGCGAUGCAGGUCAGGACCAUGGUUUCUGGGGACCCCCGGAGAUGAUGACUAUGGCACGGCCAGCUUAUAAAGUUACGGCGUCGAAACCCGGUAGUGAUAUUGUCAUGGAAACUGCAGCCGCAAUGGCUGCUAGUUAUCUGAUAUUUAAGAGCAGGGAUCCAACAUAUGCUGCAACACUUCUAUCUCACGCUAAAGAGCUCUGGGAGUUCGGCAAUAAAUACCACGGAAGAUAUACGGACUCUGUUUCUGCAGCUUCUGGCUUUUACACCUCCAACAAUUUCACAGACGAGCUGAGCUGGGGAUCUCUCUGGCUACACCGGGCAACAAAUGACGCCAAGUAUCUGGCUGAAGCUGAGAGAUGGUUUGACCCAGACCCGCCUGGGAUUCUUUUGUUCCAAGCUACUAAAGAUGAGAAAUACAAAACAGCCGUUGAGAACACCUUUAAAAGCUGGUUUCCUGGAGGAAAAGUGCCAUAUACUCCCAAGGGCCUGGCUUUUAGACUGCAGUGGGGGUCUUUGAGAUACUCUUCUAACAUGGCUAUGGCUGCCCUGAUUGCUGCUGAGGCCGGAAUAAUGCCCACGGAGCUACGUCACUGGGCAAUGUGUCAGAUCCACUACGCUAUCGGAGACACUGGCUUUAGUUACGUGGUUGGUUUCGGCAGCAAAUCCCCACACAGCCCCCACCAUAGAUCCAGUUCUUGCCCCAAGGCUCCAGCACCAUGCGGCUCGGACGUCUUCAAUAGUGGAAUUCCCAACGUGCACAUCUUGUACGGAGCUCUAGUUGGUGGACCCGGUGAGGCGGAUGACUACAAGGACGAUCGAACAAACUACGUCAACAACGAGGUGGCUUGUGACUACAAUGCUGGCUUCCAAGGGGCAAUUGCAGGUCUGAAACAUCUCAUGCUCACUGGCGACCACCCGGAGAAGAGCGGAAACGCUGCGUGCCCCUUUACUGCGGGAGCCAUAGUUGGGCGAUAG